CCAUCUUCUAUGUGCCACCAAAUUCUAGAUGCAGAAUAUUUUUUAAAGGGAGCAUUCACUUUUUGGGGCUCUUUGAUAUUAUUUCAGUCUUAGGGCGUGCUUUCAAUUUACCCAGACAGUUUUUGUGUACAAUGAAGUUUCUAAUGACCUACCAGUUGUACAAGGACAGGCUCUGUGCACAGACAAGAAUGUUACACACAUGGAUUGCCUUCUGCUUAUUAUUACAAGGGUCCGGUUGGGUGUCCGAGGACACAGAGGCCCAGCAGACUGAAGGUGCUGCGGUGGAUCAUCAGGUUGCUCCAGGGCAUGGCAUGACAGAGGAACAGAAAGCAUUCCUUAAGUGGUACUACCGUACCGAAGACCCAUCCUCUUGGAAGUAUUCCAUGUUGGGUCUGUCAUUCGGGGCACUCCUGUUGGGGAGCGUACUGCUGGUGAUCGGCACCAUGGCAAACAGGAGCAGGAAGAAGCUGGCCCAGUACAAGGCCGCCGCUCUGGCAGUACAGAGGGAGGAGCUCCAGGGCCUGACAGAGGUGACCCAGGCCUGCAGCACCCCCCCUCAGGCACAGACCCCCAUUCAAGCAGACACCUCCAAAGACACCCAGACCUCCCAGGUCAGCCAAACACCACAGGUUAGCCAGCCAAAUGGUAAGACCCCAAAAGACAUCCAGACCACACAGGACAAUGAAUCCACCCAUAUCAGUGAACCCCCCCAGGAAAGUGAACUUGUCCAGAUCAAUGUACCUCCUCAAGAACACGAACCUCCCCAAAUAAAUGAACCCCCUCAGGAUGAUGAAACCCCCCAGAUCAAUGAAUCCCCUCAAGAAAUUGAACCCAUUGAGAUCAAUCAACCACCUCAGGCUAGUGAACCUGCCCAGCCCCUUCAGGAAAGUGAACCCCUCCAAAUCAGUGACCCCCCUCAGGAAAGUGAGCCACCCCAAAUCACUGAACCCACUGAUGGGCGUGAACUCCACCCUUUUAGUGAACCCCCUCAGGAGAGUGACCCCCUUCAGGAAAGUAAACCACUUCAUAUCAGUGAACCCCUGGUGAGUCAGCCUGACUUUGAGUCACCCCAGGACAGUGGCCAAACUAAGGAGUCCGGACCCACAGAUGCCAUCUCCCAGGAGACAGAUGGAAAUGGGUCAUAGUGAAUCUCAAACCCCGAGGAUGACUUCUCUGGGCUGUGGCAGUGAGCUCCCACAAGAGCACCAGAAUCAACUGACAGGCAGAAUGAGGAGUGCAGAUCUCAACAGAGGUUAAACUGCCCUGCACCAUGUGACUCUUCUUUUGGCCAAUAAACACUGACUUUCUCAUGUCACACACAAUCACAGACUCAGAGGAGUUACUGUAAUAAAGAAUAUUGCCAGUAGGGGUCACCAGUCUGUCCUGAGUAACUUUCACCUGCUAAUCAUUGUGGUUCUGAAUUCUGUGUGCUAAAUAAACUGCAAUGUGUUUAUUGUUUUA